UUUGCCAUUCUAAGUUGCAUAAAAAAUGGGUCCACUGUUCACCGGACACUAAACUUUGUAUAUAUAACCACUCUUUGGAAUCAACUUCCAGCAGCAGUAUUUCCGAACCGAUACGACAACAUAACCUUCAAGAAAAGAGCAUAUUCCUUUUUAAAAGGCCGGCAGCACACCUGCAAUGCCAUUAGUGUUGUGGGUGAUCAUGGGCGGCGGUAGUCACUUACCAUCAGGUGAACCGCAUGCUCGUUUGCCCCCUGUGCUGUAAAAUAAAAAAAAAAUAUAACUCACACUAAACACUCAACUUAUAAUUAUAUCCUGUCAAAAUUUACGAUAAUGUUGAUGACCAUAGAUUAAUUAGUAAAACAAGUAAGAUUGACCGUCACCUGUCAAGAACGUCACGAUUUUAUUUCGCGCCAUCUCGCGCCGUCACAUCGCCGGCCAUUUUGAAAUGCGACGCAACACAUUUGUCACGCGUAAUCGAGCGAAGUAAUUAUAUUAUCAAGUUAUGUAGAAGUGAAUGCUUAAUAAACAAGUGGUUAAUACUUUAAGAUUUUGUGCCACAAAUUAAAAAAUAAACUACAUUUGUGAUCAAACCAGUAAUUUCGAUUUAAAAACUAUACCACUAAACUGAUUUUGACAGUUCCUAUAAGACCAAUCUGAACGUAUAUAAUUUUAGAUAAAAAAAAAAUUUCCAAAUUGGUUUAUAAAUGAUGGUGUUAUAAGGCCCAUACCUCACGAGGACUGGCAGGGCUGCUACCGACCUGACAUCUGUUAUUGCGUGCUACGACUACUGAAAAUGAGCCAUAUACCUCUCCCACGCAACUAAGACAACAUGGAGGGCGGUGGUGAGGGCAUGGUGGCCAUAGUCUCAAGCUUCAAGGAUGCUGGCCUGGCUGUGACGCUUGUAGACAGCCGAUACGACGAACCUGAUAGACGCGCGACUGCUAGACGUUGUUGGCUACCGCAAGCGAGAUCUUCAGUGGAAACCAACACUGAUGCUGUCAAGAGUCAUGCCGGCACUCAGAUCUGCGAUGGCCGGUAUGCUAGCAGUUAUCAGCUAGCACACUGCAGCUUGAAGCCAACCUCUCCGUCCGUUCACCUUCCAGAGUUUCCUCUCCAGAAAACUACACCUUUCAGAAAUAAAGGUAACUUUGAAGUCGGCUGGCAAAACACUGGAGAGUACUCCUACAGGCUGGGAACAACACAGUUGCAAAGAAAUAGUUUUACCUAUACUGACCAUGACAUGAUGAGUAUAAAUAGCUGA